UUGCGUGCAGAGGUUUGUUUACAAGCGAAAGCAAAUACCAUUCGCAAAUCGGAUUGAUCACAGCUGACCACAAUGCCGGGCGUUGAAACUGAGUUGGAUAUUACACGCCAGUUUCUAAAAUCUCGCUUGACCACGGACCGUGCUUCGUUUCACGGUUACGAAGCGGAACGGCAAAAUAUUCACGAUCUGCUGGAGCGUACCGCGGAACAUGGUGAAUCGAACAGUGCGCUGCUGUUGGGCCCGAGAGGCAUUGGAAAGACGAGCCUGGUUGUAUCGGUGCUGGCUGAGCUACUGACCAAAGCAACGUUCUACCGAAACUGCCUGAUCGUGUAUCUGAACGGACUGGUUCACAUUGACGAUCGACUGGCGCUGAAAUCGGCAACCGCUCAGAUGAAUCUCGAAAAUGCCGUCGACGGCAAGGUGUUUGGAUCGUUUGCCGAAAAUCUAGCCUUCUUGCUCGAGUGUCUUAAGGCGGGCGAUCGGAAGAAAUCGAAAAGCGUCAUCUUUCUGCUGGAAGAGUUUGACCUGUUCUGCUCGCACCACAACCAAACGCUGCUGUACAACCUGUUCGAUGUGGCUCAAUCGGCCCAGGCCCCGAUCUGUGUGCUUGGCAUUACGGCACGGUUGGAUGUGAUCGAGCUGCUGGAAAAGCGCGUAAAAUCACGCUUUUCUCAUCGGCAAAUAUUUCUCCUCCCGAACGAAGAUGAUUUCGCCGGACGGAUGGAACUGUUUGAGAGCUUGCUAAAGCUUCCCACCGAACAGGAGUUGCGGGCGUUUGAAGCGCAGCAUACUCCCAUUCCCAGUGAGGCACUUAACAAUGAAGAAUUUACACUGCUGAACCGCCUGUUUAAUCCACUGAACUUUAGCUUCUCGCCGAAAUGGGUAACGCAGUGGAAUCGGCAUAUCGAUAAGCUGGUCAAGAGUGCGGAAGUACAGACGGCACUGCAAAGGAUGUACGAUUUCGAUGUGCUGGAGGGUCCGUUCCGGAUGUUUCUGUUCGAGCUGGUUAGCGAGGUGGAUGAGCAGCAUCCCUGCAUUACCGUCGAAUUGGUACAGAAGCAUCUGGAAAGCUACGAAUCGGACCAUAAGGUGAAGCUGCUGAUGGGACUGUCGGUGCUUGAGAUAUGUUUGAUCAUUGCCAUGAAGCACCAUUCGGAGAUUUAUGAUCGGGAACCGUUCAACUACGAGAUGAUUCUGACGCGCUUUAGCAAGUGGGCCAACAGUAGCUCCACCAUGAAGGGCAUCGAGCGGCCCGUCGUGCUGAAAGCGUUCGAACAUCUAAAGCAGCUGGAGUUUAUUGCACCCGUCACUGGUGGAGGUUUGACGAAGGUGCAGAAGGAGUACCAGAUUCAUCGAUUGCUGCUGACGUACGGCCAAAUACAUCAGGCGGUCCAGCGGAUGGCGCUUUUGCCAACCGAAAUCACCCAGUGGGAACAGAGUUCGCUGGUGUGAGUGGAGUGGGAUCUCAAUAUCCACAACACCAUUUGAGAACUGAUAUAGUAUUUAUGAGAAAAGUGAUGGAAAAUGUAAAUAUUUUUUUAUAAAAUUUCAAACAUGAAAGUAAAUGAACCAAAAAAUCGAA